UUGAAAUAUGAUCGAGAUACGUCAAAAUAAAAAUUAAUUUCCGUUCUUUUGUACGUUUUUUAUUGGUUGAUGAUAGUUGAUACUUGAUAGAUUGUAAUUGGUUAUGAAGUAACAAGUACUCGCAACUUGCAAAUCUAUAAUCGGACGUUGGCGGCUUAGUCGUUACGCAUAACGCAAGUCGCAAAUCAAUUUGCAGCUAAUUAGAUAAACAUCACUUAUUUUUAAACCGCUAAGGGAGGUGCCCGAGCGAAAAAUGUUUCCGGCAACGCGCAUUCGGACGUGCCUUCCAGUCAUAAACCCAAUGUUUAAAAGAUUAAAACCGCAUAGGCCGCUGCGACAGACAUUGAACAAUCACAGUCAAACAAAGCAAAUCAACACGACGACUAGUCAAAUACAGAAAUCAAAAUGGACAAAUUUCCGCACGAUAUUUACGAAGUGGGUGCCUCUUGGAAGUGUUAUUUAUGUAGGAUGGUGUUACAUCCGUGCAAGCAUAAACUACGAAGUGUCACAAGUGGAAAUUAAGUUCUAUGAAAUGUUUCCUUUCCGAAUCACAAGUAGGCUGUGGGGCAAAAUAGCUGCAACUGAAAUUCCUGUGGCUCUUCGCAGUUUCGUAUAUGGUACGUAUGUGCGGAUGUUCAAUGUAGACAUAAGUGAAGCUGCCGUUACGGAUUUAACUUAUUACAAGAGUUUGUCGGCGUUUUUUACUCGCUCAUUACGUGAGGGAGCGAGAGUUUUAGCCCCCGCAUCAUGUGUUUCUCCUUGCGAUGGUGUUGUUCUUAAUUGUGGUCCAGCAAAAUCUGAUAGAAUCGAGCAAGUCAAAGGAGUAACUUACAGUUUGGAGGAGUUCUUAGGUGAAAACAAAUGGUCACAGAACAAAGGGAAAAAUUACUAUGACUCAUUACUAAAAGAUAAAAGUAACAUCCUACACCAGUGUAUAAUAUAUCUAGCUCCUGGAGAUUAUCAUAGAUUCCAUUCACCCUGCGACUGGAAAUCAACAUUUAGGAGGCAUUUUUCUGGAAAACUAUUAUCUGUUAACCCAUGGAUGGCUAAUCUGAUACCUGGUUUGUUUACAAUGAAUGAAAGGGCGGUUUAUGUUGGGGAUUGGGAGUAUGGGUUUUUCAGUAUGACAGCGGUUGGAGCUACAAACGUUGGAUCAAUAGAAAUUUACAAAGAUCCAGAGCUGAAAACUAAUACAAAGGGUAAUCGAAAGCGUGUUGAUGAAUAUGAUAUGGGUAAAGUAGCAUUUAAAAAAGGAGAAUUAUUUGGCCAAUUCAAUAUGGGCAGUACCAUUAUAUUGCUAUUUGAAGCCCCUGCUAACUUCCAACUCAAUUUGAAGGCUGGUGAUAAAGUAUUGAUGGGCCAAGCUCUAACCUUAAUGUCUAAAGAGAAAUCAAGAUGACUGCUCUCAAAUAUAUUGUAUUUAGUGCAGUUAGCUAUGAUAUUUUAUCUUUAUACAGCGGUGCUUUAAGCAGCUUUGUAUUGUUUUUAGUUUUAGUAUUAGUAGUAGUAUUAAUUAUAAAUGUUGAUAUUUUUAUAUACUGUGAUGUUGACCAUAGAUGCUAGAUGUGUGGUUAGGAAGUUGUGUGUUUUUCUAGCUUUUAAAGUUCAUUAAUUUAUAAACAAUUUAGGAAAAGUUCUUCAGAGAGGAUAUGAGAAAUGUGUAAAGGUGAUAAAACUAUUGUUAUACAAAUUAUUUCUGUGUAUCCAGAUUUUGUCUGUAAAGGAGUUCUUAAUGUUUGUGAUUAGUCUAAAUCCAUCUGGUUUGUGUUGAGGGCAAUGUUCAAUACAUUAGUGCCAUACAGAUAGCAAGUGACAUUUGUUACACAUAAUAAUAGUCUAAUUUGUGCAAUGUGAGAAUAGUAAAUAGUUUUGACGAGUUAUUAGUGUUUUGUGAUCGGUUAUUGGCCUGAUGAUGUACUAUAAUGAUUUUGAAUUUGUACAAUGCCUAAUAAACUACAGUAAAACCUGCUUACGAUGAUUUCACAGGGACCCAACCAAAAAUGUGUCUUAAGCGAGAUGGUGUAUUAUGCGGGAUAGGGAAAUAAAAUAUACUACAUAGAAUAUAAUACUAAUAAAAUAUAGAACAUAAUCCUUCUUGUAUUGUAUAUGUCGGUGUUAAAUUAUAAAUUAAAUGAAAUACAUAAGAUAAAGAUAGCCUUUAAACAUAGUUUAGCAAUAUAUCUAGCUUGUCCCAGUGGAUUAUAUGUAUGUCAGUACAUAGGCCUCCUCUAGGACCUUCCAGUGCUCUCUCUCCCAGAAGCGCGGGCUUCUCUACUCCAAACUGGUCCAGCAACCUUCUUUAUGUCAUCUUCCCACCUUAGUAUCUGUCUGCCUCUCAUUCUUUUAGCAAUGCAACACUUUUAGCAAUUAAAUUUUUACUGUAAUUUUAAUUAUGUCAUUUAAAGUAAUCACUUAUUUUGUUUGACAGAAAGAUUUUGAUGAAUUAGCAAUAUACAUGAUUUUCAACAUAAUUUAACUUUUGCGUUGUGUCUGCUUUUAGUUAAAGAAGCUGCAAGAGGUCUUAGAUCACUAACAGCUGCUAAUUGACAAGCUAGCUAGCUAACCAAAAGCGGAGUUGACUCGUCUUCAUUUUUAUCAUUCUCACUUGGGACUCCUUUUUGUGUUAUUCAUACUAUUGUAUUCUCAAUAAGUAGUGUGCCAUUUUGUCAUUAAUGGAAGAAUAUCCAGGAAAACCUUGCAGUAACAGGGUUUCUUGUUAUUCUGUGUAUGAAAACAUGUCUAUAGUUGCAGGGAUUGGCGUAUUUUGCGAGAAAUUGUAUUAAGCGGGUUCUACUGUAUCUUUUUGUAACAUAAUAAUAAGAAAAUUCAAUGGACAUGAUAUAAAUUUGUGGACAAUUAAACACAUAUAAAUGAUAUAUGCUUGUGUGUUAUAGUUCUGCACAUAUAUACCUAUGCUAUUAGCAAUUGUUAUUGUAUGGUGUAUGUAAAUCAGUCACAAUUACUUAAAUGCUGCCUGAAUUGAUUAUGAAUAGCGAAUUAUGAACAUUUGAGCUUAUAAUAAUUAUGUUAACAAUUAUUUAACAUUAAUGACAUUUAACAAUGCUGGAAUUUUAAAUAAUAUGUUUUGUCUAUAUAUGAAUUAACUGUUGGCUCGGGAAUAAGUUUGAGUGACAGUUUGAAAGUUCGCAAACUGUCAAACUAUAAAUUAAAAUGGUGGUUGUGGGUCAUUAAUCCAUUAUGCCUGUUGGGUGGCUGUUCUCUCCAACCAGUUUAAAAUGUUAAAAGUUAAAGUAAUCAAAUUGAAAGCAUAAUUGUGAUCACCCAUAAGUAUUCUUAGUAAAAAAUGUAACAAUAGUGUAAUCCAUUCUUCGGUUGACUUUAAGAUUUUGUCCUUAGAUUAAGGAUUGGUCUCCUCUGCGCUCCAACUAGAUGCCGAAGUGCGGCAACUAAUACUACACCCAAGUGGUCGUAGUGGUACUCGAGCCUGUCUCGAAAAAUGUGUGACGUUGACGUGCCACAUGUUAUGUCAAACUUUGCUAAUAAUUAAAUCUAAAAUGUCUGGUUGGGUAUUAAAACUUUGUAUUGUUCUUAGGUCGUGCGGUAUCAAGUUGGAGCGCGGCGGAGACGAAUCCUUAGUCUAAGAUUUUGUCAUGAAUAUAGUAAUGAAGUUUUUGUAUACUGCAACCUACUAGACAUUGAGUCAAGUUUUGUAUGUUGAAUUGACCCUCCAUUUUGUAUUUAUUUCACAUAAUAUAUGGUACUGUUUUGUUGAUAUAUAUGUACACUAAGGAGGGUGUAAAUACUACGUAAAAAGAGGCGGGGCUGCCUAAGUAAUAAUUAAAAUUUAGUUUAGUAUGAAACGUGCAGUCAUUUGACAUAAGUUUAUAAAAAUAGUUAUUACAAGAUGGCGAUUGGCGACGAAGUAUAAUCCGGCUAAGUUUGAAAGCGAACUGUUGCAUAAAAUCUUACAAGAUUAAAUAAAUAAAGAUUGAUUCAUAUAAAAAAAAUAUUAUAGACGUCAUCUGUCAGUCUAUCAAUGACUGCACGCUUCAUACAAUCGAGUGACUCGCUUUUAUCUUAGAGAUUUUUCCUAGGCUGAUAUACACACUAGGCUAUUUUAGUUUUUUUUUAACGACUAGGGCUAUUAACAAUUCAUAUUAGGACAAUGGCUAUGAAGCAAUUAUAAUUAGUUUAAUCACGUGACUGACAACCACAGAGUAUGUCUGUUAAAAUAUGUGAUGUCCUUACAGCAUUGACAUACUAUUAACAAUUAGAUUGACAAUCGCCUAUUAAAACGUAGUCAAAAAUGUCCGAGUGGCGUUGUAUAUAGAUAUACAUUAACAUAUACAGAUAACAUUAAAACAUUCAUUCAAAUUAACACCUUAUUUCGUGGCAGUAAUGUUCAAAGCCUAUUGUAGAAGCUGCAGCUUCAAGUUACAUAAUUUUGUUAAUUUAAAAGAUCACUUACCUGAAAUAGACGCUCCAUCCUUUUUAAGUUUGAAUAUGCUGUUAUUUGGAAAGUUUUUCACUGAACACUCAUUGCGUGGCGUUGUAUUCAAAGCGCGGUCUAAACACAACUGAACGAAAACUUUGCUCAGACAAUUUUUGAGCGCGAUUGUGAGUCUAGUCGUUUAUGGUACGUCAAUGCCUUACAGUUCAAGUAUUUGAUGUGUUUUGACAUGACCAAGGAAAAGUUUUAAAAGGUUACAAGUGGUUUUGAUGCCUGUAUAUUGUAUAGGAUUAAAAAAUAUGAAAUUUUAUGAAAUAUUUUGGUAUAAUAUAGAUGUUGUCAUUGGUGUUGUAAUCAAAUAAAUUAUUGCAAAAAAUGCUUUUUAUAUUAUUGUAAAUUAAUUAGUAAAGAUAAAUCUAUAUGUCUAAAGAUAUAUCUAAGAUACGAAUGCGAAUUAUUUCGCGUGGAUGUUGCGAGGAAUAGAAUUUUAUAUGUGUGCUGUCAUUGAAGUCUGAACAAGGGAGCGGCUCCUUCGCACAGGAAGCCAGCUAGAUUAUGGGUACCACAACGGCGCCUAUUACUGCCGUGAAGCAGCAAUGUACAAACAUUACUGUGUUUCCGUCUGAAGGGCGCUGGAAUUUAUACAGGUCACUAGUCUUUGCUUUCCCAUUGCGUCGGGAUCUUAUGUCAUAUACUCACUGCCCGAGUGCAAUAUAAUUUGUGUUAUAAAACUUUAAUUGCUGAGAUAUGCAAAAGUAGCAAUUGAAUGCUCCCGUGGUGGUAUUUGUGUGUUAUUAUUCCCUAACCCUAAAGUCUAAUAAUUACACAGUUAUUUUACACACAGGAAAAAAAAAUAUUAUCCUACGAAAUUAGUAUAUAAUAAUAUUGACACACUUUUACACAAAUUAUCUUACCCCAAACAAGAUAAGGAUAUAUUGAAUCCAUGACUCGGAAACAAACAUCCAUAUUAAUAUAAUUCAGUGACAUAUUGCAAUAAAUUUAAAUUGUGUGUAUUUUUUAAAGCAGUAGGGAAAAUAAAAGUAUUUUUUUACAAAACACUUUAUAAUAUCACAGAUUUUACAAUUGCAACUAAUAACAUUUUAAUCUGGUAACUAGUAAUUAUUUAACAAUACUAUCGCUGCAGAAUAAUUAGUUAAAUUUUUUUCCGAAAUUUUCCGUUUUAAGGCCCUGAAACAAUAGCCACAAAAGACCUCUAUACUGGUAGCUCGGAUGCUUUUCCAGCGAAGCUGAGCCGGGGCCGUAGAGGGAUAAUUAUAACUCUCAAGCGCGAGACGUUUUCCUAGGCGACUUGAAGCUCACAAAGACUGCUCUCUAGGCUAGCUGGAGAGAAAAUCUCUAACGAUUUAAUGGUUAGCGAUCCUACCUACUAAGCUAGAGGUCCUGGGUUCUAAUCCCGGUAGGUGCAAGCAUUUAUAUGAUGAAUAUCGAUGUUUGUUUCCGAGUCAUGGAUGUUUAAAUGUAUUUAAGUAUGUUUAUAUGUAUUUAUGUAUGGUUAAAUAUAUUGUAUUAAAUAUAU